AAAUCAUGAGUGAACUAACUCCUGCUUCUGCCAAGAAGCUGAAAGUUGCCGAGUUAAGGGCAGAGCUUACCAAACUAGGCCUCGAAACUAAAGGCACCAAGCCAAUCUUGUUGGAACGUUUACUCGGCGCCUUGAAGGAUGGCGUUGUAGAGGGAAAUGAAACGGAGGGCGGCCAGGAAGAGCUUAAUACUUCCCAGGACAGCCAGGAUGAAUCUAUGACGGCUGAAGAGACGGAUGAACCUCCAAACGAUGAGGAAAUGUCCCAGGAAAAGGCUCCGAUUGAAGAAAGUUCCAAAAACGAUGAGACCCCCGCUGUGGCUGUUGAUGAAGGCUUAAAAAAACAACCCGUAGCCGAGGAAAAAGCGGUAGAUAAUACUGCCGAAUCUGUCGCCGAAGACAAAACUGAAGCUUCAGCCGAACCUACCCCAGAGGUUAAAACCGAUGAAGGGUCAGUGGGUAAAGGCAGCGAAGAACCAGCGAAGAAAGAAGAUUCCAGUGUUGCUGUGUCGGACGAGAAAGUGAAACAGGCAGAUAAGGAGGGCAAACAAGACGAAGAAGCAAUGGACCAAACAAAUGUCGAAGCCGCGAAAACAGUAACCACCCCAACUAAAGAGGGUGAUGAAGUCAAGGAGGAGAGUGUCCCCAGGGACGAUCCUGAGAUUCCUAUUUAUCUGAGUGAUUCGAUUGAUUUUAGCACAGUGGAGCCCGAGCCUGAUGUUGAACUAGAUGACUCCCUUGUGGUCCUUGACAAAUACAACUCAGACUUGUUCCUAAAGAUAGCUCCAGAGGCUCUCAGCUUGACCAUUCUCAAGGAUGAAGGGUUCCCCUUCAUGGCUGGAGGGGUAAGGGCAACAUAUGGCGCUACUAGUGGCAAGAUAUGCUUUGAAUGCAAGCUAACAGAGACUGCUGAAGUUGAUCUCCCUGACACUGAGGAACCAAAACACUUUGUCAGAGUUGGUUGGUCUUCUGACUCUGCUAACCUCCAAUUGGGUGAAGUUGCCUUGUCUUAUGGAUUCGACAGCACAGGCAAGAAAUGUACAAACAAUGAGUUCACUGAGUUUGGCCAGACCUUUACAGCUGGGGAUGUCAUCACUUGUUAUCUGGAUUUAGAAAGCAGUCCAAAGCAAAUCUCCUUCAGCAAGAAUGGUGAAGAUUUAGGCUCGGCAUUUGACUUGCCCGAGGAUGCCCAAGGGAAAGCUCUCUUUCCUCAUGUGAUGAUUAAGAACAUUGAUUGUUCAUUGAACUUUGGAACACAGGAGGAGGCAUGGUUUGCACCCAAAGAGGGAUUCCAAUUCAUACAGAAUGCCGAGAAAGAUACAUUGGAACAUGGCACAAGAGGUCCUGCAUCUAAAGAAGAAUGUGAGGUCAUCAUGAUGAUUGGCCUUCCUGCAUCUGGUAAAACCACCUGGGUUAAUAACCAUCUAAAUGAGCACCCAGACAAGAAAUAUAACAUCCUUUCUACUUACUCUGUCAUGGAGAAAAUGAAGAUUUUGGGUGCUCCCCGUAAGCAAGAUGUUGGUGGUUAUAGUAAACUGAUGGAUAAGGCCGCCAAGUCCCUCCACAGACUGUUUGAGAUUGCACCAGCAAAGAAACGAAAUUAUAUUCUAGAUCAGACCAAUGUGUACCUGGCUGCCCAAAAGAAAAAGAUGAAUCCCUUUGAGGGGUUUAACAGGAAAGCUGUGGUGUGCAUUCCUACCAUGGAGGAAUUGAACAAGAGAGUAGAAGAGCGCAAGAAAGAAGGAGUUGAGCUACCAUUCAAUGCCAUCUGUGAUAUGAAAAGGAGUUUCCGCAUCCCAACGACUGAAGAAUUCUUUGAAGAAGUCUUAUACAGUGACCAAGAGCCCCCUACCUCUAAGAAGAUUGUUGACCUGUAUCACCGUGAUGGCCAGGUUAACCGUAUUCGCACCCACAGUGGCGGCCACUCAGACCCCCCUCGCAAGCGCACCCGCUGGGAAGACAGCUUCCCACACUCUGGCAGCUAUAGAGGUCACUCCAGAGACAGGCAUGAUGACAGUCGUAAUAGUGGUGGUUACGGAGGCUACAAUCGCAGCCCCCAGCAGUAUGGUGGCCGGGGUGGUUGGCAAAAGGAUUAUCAGAGAGGUGGAAGAGGAGGAGGGGGUUAUGGUGGAGGGUACAAUGAUCGGCGUAUGCAGCAAGGAGGAUACGGAAACCGCAGUGGGGGUGGUUACAGAGGAGGAGGAGGGUAUGGAGGUGGCGGCGGCGGCUAUAGGGGUGGCGGAGGUUAUGGUGGUGGUCAUAGAGGAGGUGGAGGCUAUGGGGGUGGUGGUCACAGAGGUGGCAGUUAUAGUGGUUAUAGAGGCAGCUAUAAGAGCGGCGGCUACGGCCAAGGCAGCGGAGGCUACGGCCAAGGCAGCGGAGGCUACAACCGAAACACAGGAUAUAACACCUAUGGUAGCUAUGGCAAUCAGAAUCAACGGCAGCAGACAGCACAAGUGCAACAGUAUUCACCCACAGCCACAGCCCAGCAAGCAGCAUACUCCUCACCGCAGACGACCCAAGCCCAGCAGCAGGCAGCCUACACACAGUACUACCAGAACUACCAACAGCAGUACGGGCAGCAGUGGUCCGCCUACUACCAACAGCAGCAGCAGCAACAGCCCCAGGCGCAGCAAGGCCAGCAGACCACAUACACCCAAAACUACACUGGAUACACUGGCGGCUACUAGGGAAUUAGCCACCGAUACUGGUCGUAACAAGAAUGGACCUUGUGACUUAUGAGGAAGAAUAAUUGUUAUAAACCAAAAUGUGAAUUCAGAUGAAGAAUCACAUAACUUGUCCAUGAGACAGUUUUUUUUUUUCAGCAAUACUUGUUUAGCCAAAUAAAAGGCUAUUGUAAAUAUUUUGACCUUAAUUGGUGAGUUUUAUCAUGAUACAAACUUUUCUAUAGCUAAGCUAUUUGUACUCACAUGAAAAACAUACCUCGCAUGCAUUGUAGCAAUUUCUCAUUAGUAGAUAGUUCAACCAUUUAGCGAUCACUGCAUGUUUUUUGGGUGGUAAUGUACAUGAUUUUUUAACUGCUAAAUUAAUAACUUCAUGAAUUACUUUUCAUGCUGCCACUGAUUUGUGUGUGGUUCUGAGGCAUGUUGUGCAAAUAUCAAACGUUUUUUAAAUAAAAACAGUCCUAUCAA